UGAGCACUCCCUCCCCCAUAAGGCACACACAUCAGCAGCUCUGCUCAUCCAGGGAGCCACAUAGCCCAGACUGGUGGACACAGGAGCAGCACACAGAAGGGAUUGAUAGAGGACCUCUGCGAGCAGCUGGGAACACAGCCACCAAUACUGGACUGGAGCAGAGAGCAGAGAGCAGGGAAGGUGACAGAGGAUUGAGCGUUACAGAGAUCCCACUGCCAGUUGAAAGUAAUGAGUGGUUCCCAUACAGCUAUUACUCCACUUGCCCCAUGCAUGGAGGGCUUGCCCCCAUUACCAAAGAGCCUAAGCGGUCUGCUGAACUCAAGUGGAGGUUCAGGGUGGCGUGACCUGGAACGAGUUUAUGCCCAAAAAUCCAGAAUCCAAGAUGAUUUAAGUCGUGGAGGGACUAGUGGCAGCGUUCAGUCCCACCCUAAACCACCUAACCUUGACGCUGCACUGGCUCUUCUCAGGAAAGAGAUGGUCGGGCUUAGGCAGCUGGAUAUGUCCCUCCUGUGCCAGCUUUAUUCCCUAUAUGAGUCCAUCCAGGAAUAUAAAGGUGCGUGCCAGGCAGCUUCCAGUGCAGACUGCACCUACGCCAUGGAAAAUGGAUUCUUUGAUGAAGAAGAGGAAUACUAUCAAGAAGCUGGUGACCUUCACAAGGGAGUGAGAGACGAUUCUGAAGGAAACCUAGCAUUAAAUGUAGCACAAAACAACGACUGGAUACUGGAGAAUAUUUAACACGGCAUAUCUGACUUGAGGAAAAUUGGGUGCCGAAACUUUUUUUUUUUUUUCUUGUAAUUUUGAUUUCUGAGGAACCUUUUUAAGGAAAAUGCCGUUUUUGUUCUAAAAACAUAUACCUGGCAUAUUUUCGAAGACUGAUCUCCCAUACGUCCACCAUGGGCGGUUUAUAUUGCUACAAGCAAUUCAAAAAAUAACUUUGUAAUCAAGUGCCUUUAACAUCCUGCUGCACUUAAACCAUUUUCACUGGGAGCACAGACUUUUCAGGACGACAUAUUUAAUAUGUGUAAGACUAGAAGUUAGAGGUAGAAAUGAUCACUUUGGCCAAUCCUGCGUACGUAUUGAGUAACGCUCCAAUACAGGUGUAGUUAGAUUUGUGUUGCAUUUAAUUACCUCAAACUAUGGAAAGCUUUGUAACUCUAAUACAAAUAAUCUAAGUAGUGACAAUAUCAUCUAGGCCAGGCAUAGGCAACUUUUGGCACUUCAGAUGUUUAGGACUACACCUCAAAUGAGGCCUUGCCAGCAUUAUGAGUGUAAGAGCAUUAUGGGGGAUAUAAUCUACAACAUCUGGAUUACCGACUGUUGCAUAUCCCUGAUCUAGGCUUUGGACCUCUAUCAGGUAAGCUGGUUUGGUCAUAGAUUGCAUGAAAGGGCUCAAACUGAUUUUAACUGAGAUUCUUGCCAUAAAAAUAUUGCAUUCUACACCCCACCAAAGUUACUAGAAAUGUGAUUUAAGUCAUGAAAGAUUAUAUGAGAGUUUGAGGAGUUAUCUUAAAGUGACAUUACACUUUCUUUCUAGAAGCAAACUUUAAAAUGGUGUUGCCAUUUGAAUAGUGUAAGAUUGGCAUAUACCAUUACAGAUGCACUCCAUUUUAUGUUGACUGCUGUUCAAUGCUUUCUGACAGCUGCCUAAACAGGGGGUGGUGAAAGAAUGUGCUUGGGCUCUAGCCAGUCAGUGCCAGGUUUCAUAGAGGCAACAUUCUGACAAUAAGUUUCUCUUAUUGAUAAUGAGACCGGUAUUUUUAAUUGGCACAUGGCACUUACAGGUGACUCUAUCGAUUUUCAUAAAAAAGUUAGUUACUGCAGAAAGCAAUGUUUAAUCACAGAAGAGAAAGAUGCUUCAUACUGAAGUAUUGAUGGUUGUGUCAUAGGAUAAAGUUGCCUGUAUCAUAAAACAUACACAUCAUGUUUUCUAAUCUAAAUGCUUUUUUUUUUUUUUUUUAAUACAAUGGCUCUUUAAAUACAUUUACAUUUUUAACACUUGUUGAAAAUAUGGGGUAGGCAAAUAUCUUGUUAUUGUGAUGACUCUAUCGUGUUAUUUGAUCUGAAGGCGUUAAGGGAGUAAUGUAAGUAAAAUAUUUUUAACAUUAUCGUCACGAUUCUGAGACCAAAUUUAACCUCUAACACUGCAUUGCUUACCCUCAAGGCACGGGACUAAGGAAUGUCAAGACAUCUCCAUGAUGUGUACUGCACCAUGGGCUUGAUUAUAAUUUCACAAACUGGUAUAAUUUGCAGUGUUUCGCCU